AUGUCCACGAAUCCGUCUCAAGAGGUGGAGAGUGUGCGCACCUUUGCUCUCGAUGUGCUGGAUGUGGGCAUUACACUUCAGGUCGGCUUGAAUGAUGAUACCCAGGUGUCGCUGGCUCUAGACUCUGUUCAGUGUUUUGCCUCUCAACGUUAUUGUCAGGGGGAAAGCGCCGCACAGUGUCAUCACGACCGUCUUCGUUUCGUUAAUGCAUUGCUGCUGGACGCCUCGCCAAGUAUCCGGGAAUACUUCUGUGAGCAGCCUAAUGGUGCAGGCGGAGUAGCAAUGGUCCACUAUCCUGACACAACGCUGGACAGCCAAGAAAAGACCGAAGCGUUUUGCAAGACGCAAGAAGGUCGCACUGCCAACACCGGUGAACUGCACUGUAUUAAGGAGUUCAGGGAUAUUAUUUACAAAGAGACGGGCCACUUGGAGAACGAACUUGAGAAUGAGGUGUGCGUUUUCGAUCCGCGUGAGGUUUUCUGUCCGACCUCAGCGCGAACGCUAAAAUCGUUUCCGAAGACUUUGAGUUUUACAGCUGCAGAGGAGUUCUGCACUAGAGUAAGUGGACGGUUACCCAACAGACAUGAAUGGAACUGCAUCUUAUCAGGAUUUGCGCACCCAAAUUAUAGAUCACAGCCGGCGUGGCUGCGGUUUGAUGACGGCCAUGGGAACAUGAUGUCCACUACUGGCGUUGCGUACAGUGUAAACCAAAAGGUUCAGCGCCUCAACUACGUUGUCUGCUCUCUUGAACAUGAUUACCAUGCUAAUUCAACUUACCACUUUAAUGAGAUGGAUCUGGUUAUUGCUCCGAAUGCUCUUUCUUCCCUGCAAUAUAAAACAACUCAUGUCUGCCCCAAAGGUACCGAGCACAUCACAGUGGACAAUUUUGUGGCACUUUGGACAGAAUUACAGAACACACCUCUUCGCCAUAUCUCAUUUGUACAUGGCAACCUUAAAAAUUCGGCCGUUGUGGAUAUUAACGAUUUCAAAUACAUUCGCAGCAAACAUGCCAUUAGCACCAUAUCCCUCACACACUCAUACCCAACCCAAAGCAAAAAGAAGUGA